AUGUUACGACUACUAUCAUCCAUAUUUUGGUUGAAACUAAGAAAAUUUCUGUCUCUUUAUCCGACAUUUACUCUUGAUAAAGAUGUGAAGCGUCAAUUAUAUUGGUUGGCUGCUAAUGGUCAUGUUUAUCAACAUAAAAAAGCUCCAUGGUAUGUGAAACUAAUGCGUCUAGUAAUUACUGAAGAUUAUGCAAAAAUGUCCGAGUGGAGUGCUCGGUUUAUUAAAAAGAAAAUAAAUGAUUUUAAACCAGGCCCUGAUCGACUAUUUGUACUCGGUCUACCAACUGGUAGUACACCAGUUGGAACUUAUAAAAAAUUAAUCGAAUUCGUACAAGCGAAACAAUUAUCAUUCAAAUAUGUAGUUACUUUUAAUAUGGAUGAAUAUGUUGGAUUAUCAAAGUAUCAUCCCGCAAGUUAUUAUUCGUUUAUGUGGAAUGAAUUUUUCAAACAUAUUGAUAUUGAUCCGAAAAAUGUUCAUAUACUUGAUGGAAAUGCGCCGGAUCUUAUCAAAGAAUGUGAUGACUAUGAAAAAGCUAUCCGAGAUGCUGGUGGCAUUGAAUUAUUUGUUGGUGGCAUCGGACCUGAUGGUCACAUUGCUUUUAAUGAGCCAGGAUCAAGUUUAGUGUCGCGAACUCGAGUGAAAACUCUUGCGCAAGAUACAAUUAUUGCUAAUGCUCGUUUUUUUGACAACGACAUAAAUCAAGUGCCAAAAUCUGCAUUGACUGUUGGCGUUGGAACAGUUAUGGAUGCUCGAGAAGUAAUGAUAUUAAUAUCGGGUACAUCGAAAGCUAAUGCACUGCAUAUGGCUAUUGAAGAAGGUGUUAAUCAUAUGUGGACAGUAUCAGCUCUUCAAAAUCAUCCAAAAUUUUUAUGUGUUUGUGAUGAAGAUGCAACGACAGAGUUAAAAGUGAGAACAGUACGAUAUUUCACAAGUUUAAUGGCUGUGCAUGCAAAAUUAAUUGAAGAGGAUGGUCAUCCAUCAUUAUUUCAUACUGAAAAUUGA